AUGGCGACAAUUGUUCCGCCGCCGUCCAAACGGCAAAGACGGGAAGAUCUCGAGAGAACACAGAUUCAGCAGGAUGUCACCGCCGCGAGUGGCCCUGCCGGGUCGUUCAAGGCUCGGUUCCUCGACGGUGACGGGAAGCAGGUCUGCGAUGUGAUUGAGGUGCCCCUUGCGGACGCUUCCGAGAAGAACCUGUCGUUGCUGCUGAAUACGUUGUUGGCAAGGGAAAGGGAAGACUUUCUCCCCUACCGAUUCCGUAUCCAUAUUCCCGACAGCGAUAUCAUCGUGGACCAAUAUCCGACCGACCUCCUUCAACUGUUACGCAGCCAUGGCAUCGAAAACCCGUUCGAGACGACCGUCACUCUGACGGCCGAGCCGCAAUCCGUCUUCAAAGUACAGGCCGUCACACGCAUGUCGCACAGGAUACCGGGCCAUGGCGAGGCGAUUCUCGCGGCACAAUUCAGUCCCGCGACGAGCUCGCGCCUCGCGACUGGGUCUGGCGACAAGACGGCUCGGAUAUGGGACACGGAGACCGGCACGCCCAAGUACACCCUCUCCGGACACACGCAUUGGGUGCUCUGCGUCGCUUGGUCGCCCGAUGGCGCUCGGCUGGCGACGGGUAGCAUGGACAAGUCGGUGCGGUUAUGGGAUCCGCAGACGGGCAAACCCAUGGGCUCGGGCCCCCUGACCGGCCACGCGAAGUGGAUCACGAACAUGGCAUGGGAGCCGUAUCAUCUAUGGAAGGACGGGACGCCGCGGCUCGCCAGCGCAAGCAAGGACGGGACAGUGCGCGUCUGGGUCGUCAACACGGGGCGGACGGAGCACGUCCUCUCUGGACACAAGAGCUCCGUCAGCUGCGUGCGGUGGGGAGGCACGGGGCUCAUCUACACGGGCAGCCAUGACAAGGCCGUUAGGGUAUGGGACGCGGAAAAGGGCACGCUGGUGCACACGCUGUCGGCGCACGCGCACUGGAUCAACCACCUAGCGCUGUCGACCGACUUUGCCCUGCGGACGGCCUUUUUCGACCACACGCCGACGCCCGCCACCGACGAGGGAAAGCGCGCCAAGGCCAAGGAGCGGUUCGAGAAGGCGGCGCGCGUGCAGGGCAAGAUCUCGGAGCGCCUGGUGUCGGCCAGCGACGACUUCACCAUGUACCUGUGGGACCCGUCGCAGGGGACAAAGCCCGUCGCCCGCAUGGUCGGGCAUCAGAAGCAGAUCAACCAUGUGACGUUUUCACCCGACAACACCCUCAUCGCGAGUGCCGGUUGGGACAACCACACCAAGCUUUGGAGCGCAAGGGACGGCAAGUUCGUUAAUACGCUGCGCGGCCAUGUGGCGACGGUGUACCAGUGCUCCUUCUCGGCCGACUCGCGGCUGCUGGUGACGGCGUCUAAGGACACAACGCUCAAGGUGUGGUCGAUGGCGUCGCACAAGCUGGCCAUGGAUCUGCCGGGGCAUGCCGACGAGGUCUACGCCGUGGACUGGGCCCCGGACGGCAAGAGGGUAGCCAGCGGGGGCAAGGACAAGGCCGUGCGGUUGUGGCAGAAUUAG